CCUUCCGCACAGGUGGAUCGGGAUUUGGAAUUUCGCAAAAUCAAAGUGUUGUGUCGGACCAUCUCACCGUGGCCAAAAUGCUCGCCGAAAGUGGUCCGAUGGCCAGCAACGAGCUGCACCUUCCGUACAGUAGUAGUGAACCACCGCCCGGGCCCGGUUCUACCGCGUGUGAACCACCGAUAGUGAACCGGCCCCUAUCGCCGCGAAAGUUCUUCGAGCGACUGUACGGUCACCUCGAGCGGGAUGACAAACGUGCCACCACCAACAACAACAACAACGGUUCUGCCAACGGCAGCAGUGAUGAAGUGCGCGAUCGAAAUGUGUACGUGACAGUGACAAAGGCUAGUGAUCCGUGUGCUCUUAUUGAUGAAACCCACCGACACCACCAUCAUGACCACAAUUCUUCUAGUAAUUCGCAAAAAUCCGUCUCAGUGAACAGUUCGAUCAGUUCCGGCAGCCCGCGUUCCUCGCUCGCAGUGGACAUUGAGGAAGAUUCGUCGCAGGAUGCAAGCAUUGGCUCACCCCGACUACAACCCGCCGGCGGUGACCACCCUCGACAACCACCGACUUACCCCCCAUUGCGCCAUUACGGUAUCACUUCCUCCUCUGCUUGUGCUUCCGAAUAUCCGGCCCCCACGACGAUAGGUGGCCAAUGUUACGGAUUUUUGGCAGUCACUCCACAACAGUCAUCCUCCGGCGGUGUUUUACCGGUGCCGGCACCCCAUUUGACGCAACCGGGUGACCCGGCGUUGGUGGGAGGAUUGCAACAUCGGCCGCCACCCGGCAGCAUGGCCGUGUCAACGUUCUUUUCGUCCACGGGAGGUGCAGGCGCAGGAAGUUAUGGGCCUCCUUCGUUUCGGCCGUUUUUUGGUAUCGCACACGAUGGACCGCAACUGCCGGCGGGAUUGUCCGCUUUUCUGGCCAGACGUCGCAAAAAGGAAGGACGUCCACGCCGCCAGCGCACCACGUUCAGCAGCGAGCAAACGCUCCGACUGGAGGUAGAAUUUCACCGAAACGAAUACAUUUCCCGAGGCAGACGGUUCGAGCUGGCGGAAGUGUUGAAGCUUUCCGAAACACAAAUCAAAAUAUGGUUCCAGAAUCGUCGCGCGAAAGAUAAGCGCAUCGAGAAGGCACAAAUCGACCAGCAGUAUCGGACAUUUGCCGCUGUUAACGGCUUGCUGACACCAUUCAGUCCUCAGUAUCCUGCAGCGUUGAUUGCAACGCACCACCAUCAACAGCAGCAUCCUUCUUCUCAUCUUCAUGAGCAGGCGCAGGAGCCACAGCAGCAGGUACAGCAUCAACAACUAGUGCCAUCUUUUACACCAACCAUUAGGAGAGAGAAUCAAAGGCCGAGCCAGCAAACCAAACGGUACGAGGACCGUGACCGUCAAGGAUCGCAUAACAGCGGUGAAGGUGGCGGCGUAGGUGAUAGUGAGAAAACUGAACGAUGAAUCUAGAUUGGGCUCUAGCACUCAAUUUGGGCGGUUGACUUCAACAAAAGGGUUUAACAAGAAAGGGGUAAAUAGAAACUGUUUAAUUGAAAUACUGUGUUAGGAAAUUUCAGUUGAAAAAUAUAAAAAGCUAAGAUAUACAUUUCGAAACAGAAUCAUCAAUCUGAGAAAGGUGAUAUUUUGAUUUCGAUUACUCACGGUCAGGAAUAUGCGUUUCGAGCAGAAUGUUGGUCUAUCAUUCCGCUUUGAACUGUCGAUCGUUUGAACUUUUGUUUUCGGAUUUAUUAACUUCAGUUAUCUUAAUUUCUUCAUUAAAAAAGCUUCAUUUUGUUGGUUAUUGUGCUUGAAGUUUAUUGAUAAAAUAUAGAUUAAUGUGUAUAUAUAAUGUUCCAACACUUACUCAAACAAAGACAAUAAAUGUACUACACAAAAAAGAUCACUGGGAUCAACAGGAAAAACACAAAUUCAAAAACAAAAUCAAACUUACCGAAACUUUGCCAAAUCCAUCC